AUGUCUUGUCUCAAAGAGAAUGCAUUGCUAGCUGUAAGGAAUCACGAUAUCACACCAGAAAAUUACAAGAAUGAAACUUCAGCUUUAGCUACAAUCAAAUCGUUCAAAGCAGACAAUUUAACCAAAUCGACUAAAUCAAAGAAAGUUCCAGAAUUAAAAGAAGAAAUUGAAAACCUAGAAAGCCAAACGUAUUUUGCAAUAAAGAUCACUGAGAUAGCAAAUGGUAUAUUUUAUCGCAAACCCAAACUCCGUAUGGAACGUUUGAGGAAAAGCACAGCAUAUUUCAAAUUUCCUCGAACAGGAUAUCCAACAACGAAGAUGCUAAUAUUAGUACAAAAUCGAGAAACGUUCAAUCAUAUUCCAACAACAUUGAAUCCGAAACGAUUCUGGGAAGAAAUCAAUCCACAAUCAGAAGAAUUAGUGGAAGAAUUAGAACCCGGAAUUAGUAAAGCUACAGAAAUGAUCAAGAAAGAAUUAUAUGAAAUGGCAAAUCAUUAG